AUGACGCACGAGGGGAGACCCCAGGAGGCUGUUGCCGACACGCGCGACGCUCACACCACCCUGCGAUGCACAAUAGCGCAUGUGCGCCUCGAGCGAGAGCAGCCGAAGCACCGACGCAUACCGAAGCGUUUCCGCCGCUACGUGCCCUCGCCGCUGGUGCAGUGCUGGAAUCAGGACAGCGUGCCCACGCCGCCGGCGUCAGAGCACAACUCGGCGUGUCCGAGCCCAAAUGGUGACAAGCCAUCGCUCGCUGUAGCUGACAAUACCCCUCCUGGUGUUCAACUUGACCAAUCCAAGGUGUUUCUGGGAUAUGCACCGGUUGUCGGAGCAGACAACUCGAGUGUUAUUGGGGGUGGUCUGCGCAACGAGGGAGACAUACAGGGUACGGACCGUGGAGGGGAAGUCAUACCGCGACGGAGCGUGGGCGAGCUGACGAUGAGACCGGAGAUGGACUACGCGACCGUAUUUCACGAGCUAUCCCUGCUGGAGUGGGAGCAGAGACAGUUCCAGCACCAGCAGUAUCGCCACCAUCACCAUCACAUUCAGCACCCAGUGCCACGACACACUCAGCAGCGAUCUAUGGUUCUUCAGCCGCCCAUCGGAACGGGUCGACCCUCCAGAACGCAGCCCCAAAACGAAACAACGCACUGCCAGCAGCAAGGCAAUACCUUCUCGACUGACGCCGCAGAAGCUGCUGCGGAAAUCACGCGACCCCUGGGCCCAGUGCCGUCCCUUCGCCACCCAUCAAACGGAUGGCCGCAGUGCCCUACAAGCGCUCCUUCGCUGCAGCAAGGCCAGUGGCAGCCUCAGUUUGGCCAAGAGCAAGUGUAUCGACUGCCACCUUGGCAUGAAGGCAUGGCUUCAGAUGGGAUCAACACAGAAUUCGUCGGCUUCGGUGCUGGUCUCGGAUUGACUGGCAUCCCGAACACACAACAUGGCUCUGUCAUCCAGUCUGCGGAUGGAGAAGAAGAAGAAGAAUUUUGA